GCACGAGAGAGACCAGCGGCAAUCAAACGGGAAAAGUCUCUGACAAUGAGGGCAGAAGACGACAGUGAGGCCAGGUCCACAAGCGUCGCCUCUGAUGGUGGAAGUGGCGACGGAGACGAGAGCGGACGCCCAGGGAAAAAGAAGAAGGCUAAUCGAGCUUGCGCAGCUUGUCAGAAGGCACACCUGACCUGCGAUGAUGGUGAGUGACAUUGUUCGUUCGCAAGUAAGCAAUACUGACCAAGUCGAUCAUUUGGACUCAUCAGCACGGCCAUGUACAAGAUGUUUGAAAAAGGGAAUGGGAGCACACUGUACGGAUGGGAAGAGAAAGAGAGCUAAAUACCUGCUGGAUGAAGAAGAGCUAGAAGCAGUCAAAGCGAGAGAGAAGGCCGAGAAAGAAUGGAAAGAUCAGAUGGCACUAUCCUCCGCGGCCCGCCAAGGGAAUUACCGGCGUCAGUCAACUUCGGCGUCUGGCCCUCCCCCCUUUGUCGACGGCAACGGAGCCCAGUCUCCGAACAAAGUUCCACCUGUGGCAGGCUCACAGCUUUUCGGUCCUGCCGGCAUGUUCGCUGGAGAAGCAGCAAACAUUGGUGGGCUCAAUACGCUGCCUACACCACCGCAUGCCUUCGAGUCAGAAGCUACGUCUCUGGAGUACUCGAUCUUGAGCGCAAUGCUCAAUGGCAUCGAUCCAAGUCUCCUAUCUGGCAGUCCAGACCAGGAUGGUACGUAUGGCUCCUCAUUCACAGAGGGGCAAGACCCAGCAAUGACCCCUGGAGUCUCUGGUGGACUUGACCUCAAGAACUUCUUCGAGACUAGCGGCACGAACCUUCCUAGUGUCGGUAUGGCAACCGACCAGUCGUCACAUUGGCUACUUGAUGUCCAGCCGCAGAACGGCGGAGUAUGGGCUUCUGCGUCAUCCUCUUCGACUCCAUUCGCGAGCUCAUCAGCAGCUGGAUACAGCAAUGACCCAAGCAAACAGCAGGCCGAAUCUAUUGGCCAGCUUCAUGCCAUCGGUGGCAACGAUCCGAAUGCCGCCGCGGGCGAGGUUGGCUCAGGGGGCUUCAAGGCUCUCGAAGUCCCGUCGCCUUCGCCGUCAUUAGGGUCCGUCCAGCGGUUGGGCUUUGAGGAUGGCUUUGCAAAUAGCAACUCUCCCGACGUAGGUGGCCGUACUGGCGGUCAGCUCGAUGGAUCUGCAUCGCAGCAGGGCCUCCCUACCGGGCAAGCCAACAACGUGGCAGUCGUCAGGGGCGGGGCCACUUACAAUGGACCAGACUUGCAGAUGCUGGAAGCCCAAUGGAGGGAGAGGGUGAACCAGAUCUAUGGCUCGACCGCCAAGCCGUUUCCUUAUACCGAAGGCUAUCACUUCCUUCUCAAAUUUGUCACCGAGAAGUUCGAGAAGGCGGAAGUGCUUCGCAUCGUCCGAGCCCUUGGUCUCUUUCGACCGAGUUUGAUCGCACUGCAGAUGCCUCUGACCGAAGAAGAUGAGAUCUUCGUGGAGAGAAGCAUACAGAGGACCGUCCUCGAGCUUGAGAAGCUGGUGAGUGCAUCAGCAGACAUCCUGCCCCACUGCGCGAGCUGACAAGUUGAGCUUUUGUCGACCUGCUCUACAGAUCUCCUUCUCGGGGACACCUACGGUCGUCUGGCGGCGUACCUGCGAGAUUUGCGUGGUUGGGUCGGAGUUCUCCAUGCUGACAGGGUGGUCUCGAGACACUCUCCUUGGCAGGCGGAUCUACGAGUUCUGGGACAAGAACUCGACGCUCGAGUAC